AGUUCUUGAUUGACAUCACUGUUGAUAGAAAAAUAACUGAUGAAAUAUGUGUGUCAGGUAUUAAAUAUAUGUGUAUAUAAAAAUAUAUAACCAUUUAGAAGAAAAACACUUGUAUAUUGUGGAGAAAAAUUAUGGAAAAUGAAUUGUGUGAGAGUACAGUUAAAUGUGAGACACAGACUGAAUGGAUUGAUUUUUCUAAUGAGAUGCCAAAAGACACAGAAAUAGUAUUAUACCAGUGUGAUAUCUGUAAAAGUACCUUCUCUCAAAAAUGUGAACUUACUACACACCAACUUAUUCAUACAGGAGAGAUAUCGUAUGACUGUGAUAUCUCUGGGAAAUCCUUCUUUGAAGAAAGUGCAGAGACUGAGUACAAACAUAUUUAUACAGGAGAGAAGCCAUAUCAGUGUGAUGUAUGUGAUAAAACGUUCUCUCUAAAUGAUCAUUUAAUUAAACACAAACGUGUUCAUACGGGAGAGAAGCCUUAUCACUGUGACAUCUGUGGUAAAUCAUUCUCUCGAAAUCAUCAAGUAACUGAACAUAAACGUAUUCACACAGGGGAGAAGCCGUAUCACUGCGACAUCUGUGGUAAGUCGUUUUGUCGAAGCACAAACCUAACAACCCACAUACGUGUUCAUACGGGAGAGAAGCCAUAUGUCUGUGAUAUCUGUGGUAAAUCAUUCUCUGUGAAAAGCACCUUAGCUGAACACAAGCACACUCAUACAAGCGAGAAGCCAUAUCCCUGUGACACCUGUAGUAAAUCUUUUGCUCGAAAGCAUGAUUUAACCGUACAUCAACGCAAUCAUACAGGAGAGAAGCCAUAUCACUGUGAUAUCUGUGGGAAAUCAUUCUCUCGAAGCCAUCACUUGAGCGAACACAAGCAUAUGCAUACAGGCGAGAAGCCAUAUCACUGUGAUAUCUGUGGUAAGCCGUUUUCUACAAGCAGUACCUUAACCAAACAUAAACACCUUCAUGCAGGAGAUAAAACAUAUGCCUGCGAUGUUUGUGGCAAAUCGUUCUCUGGAAGUAGCAACUUAACUGAACACAUACGAAUUCAUACAGGUGAGAAACCAUAUCACUGUGAUAUCUGUGGUAAAUCAUUCUCUCUGAAAGGUAACUUGACCGAACACAAGCGUGUCCAUACCGGGGAGAAACCGUAUCAGUGUGAUAUCUGUAGUAAAUCAUUCUCUCAGAAAGGUAAUUUAACCGAGCAUAAACACAUUCAUACAGGUGAGAAACCAUAUCACUGUGAUAUAUGUGGUAAAUCGUUCUCUCAAAAAUGUAAGCUAACAGAACACAGACAGAUUCAUUCAGGGACGAAGCCACACCAUUGUGAUAUCUGUGGUAAGGCGUUCUCUCUGAAACGAAACCUGACAAAACACAAACACAUUCAUAGGGAAGAGAAACCAUAUCGUUGUGAUGUCUGUGGUAAAUCAUUUCCUGUCAAUUACCAUUUAACCAAACACAAAUAUAUUCAUACAGGUGAGAGGCCACAUCACUGUGAUAUCUGUGGAAAGUCGUUCACUCAGAAAGGUAAUUUAACUGAACAUGUUCGUAUUCAUACAGGUGAAAAGCCUUAUCGUUGUGACAUCUGUGGUAAAUCAUUUUCUCGGAAAAGACUAUUGGCCACACAUGUGUUUAUCCAUACAGAAGAAUAACUGGCGCUCUGUUGGUUAUGACGACAAGAGUUCCAGUUGAGCCAAACAACAGAACAACCUGCUUGUGAAAUUAACAUGCAAGUGGCCGAGCACUCCACAGACAUGUGCACCAUCGACCCACGUAUACCCCUGGUUGCGUAAAACCUGCUCCUACUUGUUUAGACAUGAACUUGCUGGGGAGCAUCUGACUGAACUUACGAAAUGUUCAGUUGGUAGUCGACACCCAUAGCUAAUUUUGUGUGGAGGCGCAGUGGUUAGGGC